GCAAUGUGCAAACCUUUUCCCUAAACUUAUGAGAGGACAGGCCACAUACUCUACUUUCUCCCUGAGUGAUCAAAUCAAGUUCAAGAAUGAUAAUGCACUUAUCAUCGACAUAUCCCAACUUCUGAGUUCAUUCAAUGAAAUCAUUUCCUCUCUCCAUGAGAGUGUAGGAAAUGAUAUUGUAGCAAUUAAACAACAUCUUAGAAAUUGUUUUUGCAAGUUUUGGAUUGCUUAG